CAAUUGGACAAAUGUGAAAUGUCACUUUAGUAAACAGCAAAAUGGAGUUUCUAAUUAAAAAUAUUUACUUUAAGAAAUAGGAAUGUAUCUACAAAAUAUACUUAAUAAAAUGCAUUCACUAUGCCAGUGAAGGAAAUAAAAGAGAUCACCGACGAGGAAUCUCAAAGUGGAAAACUCAAAAAUGACCAGAAAAGUGGUAUACUUAAUUGUAAUCGCUUUACUGUCAUUAUUAAUAUGGAUUUAUCGUAGUUCGAAUUUGGAAUUCAGCAAUACAGUACUGCUAUUAACGCAAAAUAAUGUUAUAAAAAAUACAUUGAUACAACCACACAAUUCAACAUGUAACCAAUCACCAUUCAUUGUGAUAAUUGUGACAUCCUAUGUAGGGCAUGUGGAAUUAAGGAGUGCCCACAGGAGGGCAAUGCCCUCUGCAUAUCUUUCAUCACUUAAUAUUACAAGGGUAUUCUUAUUGGCAAGGAUACCUAAAAAUGAAAGAUAUAUAACACAAGAUGCUAUCAAUAAUGAAAGUAUUAUAUUUGGUGACAUACUACAAGGUUCAUUCUAUGAGAACUAUAGAAAUCUGACAUACAAACAUCUUAUGGGAUUGAAAUGGGCAUCCUCACAGUGCCAGAAAGCAUCUUUUAUACUAAAAGUUGAUGAUGAUACUGUGUUCAACAUAAAUAAGACUUAUGAAUUCCUUAAGAAAAUACCAAUUACUGACGGAAAUGAUUUAAUCAUGGGAUAUAUUUUGAAUAAUACGAAACCAAGAAGAAAUGAACAGAACAAGUGGUAUGUCACAUGGGAGGAAUAUCCUAGAAGUGUAUACCCUCCCUAUUUAUCAGGCUGGUACUACAUAGUCAGUCCAAAAAUUGCAGCUAUGAUAUCUGAUGAAGCAAUCUAUCAUCCAUUUUUUUGGAUAGAUGACAUUUUUGUAACUGGUCUACUUACUGAAUCUCUGGGUAUAAAAUUAAGACAGCUACCGCAAGAUUACUGGCUUGAAUACUAUGAACUUAUGGAAUGUUGCCUUCGUGAUAUGAUAAAGAAGUCAAUAAAGUGUGAUUAUGUUGUUGGGCCAAAUGGUGGAAGAAAUAAUUUGAUAGUAGAAUUUAACGAAGCUUUUGCCAACUGUCAGAAAUGGGGUAACUGUACUAGUAGGGCACAUGCAAAUGACUUGAAGAAAGGAUGUGUUAUGUUUAGAGACCGAACUAUAUUUAGUGAUGGACAAGCAGAAAUACAGCAUAUUAACUUAUAAUCUAUUUUCAGGGUUCCAUAUUAUAUCCAAAUGAAA